AUGACGACGACGAUGACCACCGUCAUCGCGACAAUGCUGCUGGUGGCGACGACGGGGGCGGCAGCGGCGUCGACGGUGUCGGCAGACGACGCGAAGAAGCCUUCUCCGUCCCAUCCGUGCGGGCUGUGUCCCCCGGGCCACCACGUCUCGCUGACGUGUUCCACGAAGGCCGAGGAGGGGCAGCAGCAGCAGCUGGAGGACGCGUCCGACGUGGAGUCACGUUGCACUCGGUGCCCGCCACGCCACUACACCCAGUUCUGGAACUCCCUGGACCGGUGUCUCUACUGCGGCCCGGGGUGCAAGGAGGGUCAGCGGCUCGCGAAGGAAUGCAGCCCCACGCACGACCGCGUGUGCGAGUGCGAGCCGGGCACCUUUCUGCUGCAGGAGUUCUGCGUGCCGCACAGAAGCUGCGCCGCCGGGCACGGCGUCGUCACCAAAGGCACGCACGGGGGGCGGAUACACCACCUAUCUCCCAGCCAUCUCCCAGCGCCAAUCAAUGCCUAUUCUCUUCUCAUCUUUCUCUCUCUCUACGCAUCUCUACAUUCUCUCUCUCUGUCUGCCCGUGCACCCCCCAUCUCACGCUCUUCUCGGCACGCACCUCCGCGUUCCGCAGGAUCCCCGCACAAAGACACGCACUGCGCCCCGUGCCCUUGGGGAUUCUUCUCCACGGAGGUAUCGGCGAAUGCCACGUGCCGCCCGCACGCAAACUGCCUCACUCCGGGCUCCGUGCAGCUGCUGCCCGGAGCCUCCACGCACAACGCGCUCUGCUGGUCCUGCCACGAGCGACGGGCGUCCGUGCGGAGUCGGGAGCAUGGGGACGCGAGGCCGGCAGGGGAAGAUGGUGCCGAGCCUCCACCGUCUAACCCGCCGCCCCAGCCGGAGUACGCGUGCGUGGACGCGACCCUGCGAUUCGUGGACAGCGUCCGUCACCUGAUUCUGCCGUGCCUGGCCCACCACGACACGAAGGAGGCCGCCUACAUCUGGAAGCUUCUGGCCGGUGCCGCGAGGCGGCGGCGGCGGCAGCGGGAAGGGCGCAGGCAGCGUGGGGGGAACGAGACGAAGCGGGCGAGGAGGUUGGAGAGGCAGCUGGAGAUGCUGCUGGGGGUUUGCGCAAAGGGAGCGUCGCCAGGAGGGUCGGUGAGAAUGCACGCGGCGACGGCGGCGGCGGCGGACUGA